AGAAAUAUCUAGCUAGCUAUUUUAAAUUACAUUUCGAAAUGCUGUUGGUCUUUAGCAGCGCUAGCUAACUAACGUUAUGUUUGUCUACAUAAAACGCACAAGAUUGAUGCGGAAUACACAGUUGUUCUCCAGCGGUGUAUGUGUUGUGUCAAUUGUUAUACCAGUUGGUAGACUAGCUAACUAAAGGUUAGCAAAAAUACAUUGUAGCGCUGCUUAAAGUUAGUUUCCUUGACAAUAAGACAACGUCACCAAUCGCAUAACCUUGUUUUGACGACUCUGAUACUCAUGUUAAUAUAAAGUCAUAACUAUAACAUAGCUAACCGGUUCGCUAAGCCAGAUCUGUGUGCAAAUGACAUUGUCCCUAUCUCUUGCAAGCCAAAUGAACGCAGUGUCUGAAGGAAACGGCUUGUCAGACUGUACCCAGAUGGGCUGCUUUCAGUCUAACAUCACAUGGAGUAAAACAAAAAAAAGAAGUAAAAACUAAAAAUGAAACGUCAUGUUAUCAUUAUGGUCUGACUAUGCCAAUACAUUUGGUACUAGGAAAGCUGGAUCAUAAAGCCAGCUAUUCAAGUCUAGCCAUCUAACGUUAUCUAGCUAGUAGUUUUUCGAACUCAAAUAAUGAUGUAUACAUUUCAGAUCUAAAACAGCUAGCAUAAUUAUACUCGUUUGCAAGUAAUUUUAAGCAUAUGGAUAAGUUGUGUUGGCUAAAAACAAAAGUGUAACUAGAUCAUUCACAAACUGUAAUAAGUGUGAGAGCUGGAUCAAUAGCCAACAAGCGGUCAUGCAAGUUGACAUAUAGCUUAGUAACAAGCAGCGGUUGCUAUUAGAAUACAUCGUUGCAUUAACCAUGACUGAGAUAAUUGAAGCAGCUGACUAGUUGAAAGUUGGCUUCUUGGUGUUAUUGUCAGUUACCAAGCUAAUAUUAGCUAGUGCUCGCAUGCUCUGAGAGCUAACCUCCUUGGCUAGCUGGCUAACUUUUCCUUUGUCUGAACGUUUAACGAGCUAGCCAGCUUGAGACUCGGAGUGCAGUACCACCAAGCAGCGAGUGCUCGACUAACGGAAAUUAGUUACGAUAUAACCAUGUUCUCUCGUUGACUCUAGUGGCAGUAGCGGCAGCUCACUCAUAAGCGUUCACACACGAGGAGCAGCGGGAAAGCGGCGGGAAGAAUGAGGAGACUCUGAAGCGCGGGACCCCAGAGCUUUCGUCGCGGGAGCUCCCCCACCCCCCCAACCCCCUCAUCCCCUCACCCCCCUCACCUGGCCCCGCCCCCCGUCCCGCCCCCGCCCCGCCCUCCACAGCCGCUCUCAUGUUCUCUCCUGACCAGGAAAACAUCUCCACAGCCUCGACCAAAGCGCCAGUCAAGUACGGGGAGCUCAUUGUUCUGGGGUACAAUGGUUCCCUGCCCAACGGGGAUCGGGGGAGGCGGAAGAGCCGCUUUGGCCUGUGCAAGCGGCCCAAAGCCAACGGGGUGAAGCCCAGCACCGUGCACGUGGCCUGCACCCCGCAGGCGGCCAAGGCCAUCAGCAACAAGGACCAGCACAGCAUCUCCUACACUCUGUCUCGAGCACAGACCGUGGUGGUGGAGUACACACACGACAGCAACACGGACAUGUUCCAGAUCGGGCGCUCGACGGAGAGCCCCAUCGACUUCGUGGUGACGGACACGGUCCCCGGCAGCCAGAGUAACGGGGACACGCAGACGGUGCAGAGCACCAUCUCCCGCUUCGCCUGCCGCAUCAUGUGCCAGCGCUGCCCCCCCCACACCGCCCGCAUCUACGCCGCCGGCUUCGACUCCUCCAAGAACAUCUUCCUGGGGGAGAAGGCAGCGAAGUGGAAGACGCCGGACGGGCAGAUGGACGGUUUGACGACGAACGGCGUGCUGGUGAUGCACCCCCGGCUCGGCUUCACCGAGGACUCCAAGCCCGGCGUGUGGAGGGAGAUCUCCGUGUGCGGCAACGUCUUCACCCUGCGCGAGACCCGCUCCGCCCAGCAGCGGGGCAAGAUGGUGGAGAACGAGACGCAGGAGCUGGUGGACGGCUCGCUGAUCGACCUGUGCGGGGCGACGCUGCUGUGGCGCACGGCGGAGGGCCUGUCCCGCACCCCCACCGUCAAGCACCUGGAGGCGCUGCGGCAGGAGAUCAACGCGGCGCGGCCGCAGUGCCCCGUGGGCUUCAACACGCUGGCCUUCCCCAGCAUGCGCCGCAAGGACGUGGUGGACGAGAAGCAGCCCUGGGUCUACCUGCACUGCGGCCACGUGCACGGCUACCACAGCUGGGGGGGCGGGCGUGAGCGCGAGGAGCGGCGAGGGGGGGGCGGCGGCGGCGGGGAACGGGACCGGGACCGGGAGUGCCCCAUGUGCCGCGCCCGGGGCCCCUACGUGCCCCUCUGGCUGGGGUGCGAGGCGGGCUUCUACCUGGACGCCGCCCCGCCCACGCACGCCUUCAGCCCCUGCGGCCACGUGUGCUCGGAGAAGACGGCGGGCUACUGGAGCCAGAUCCCGCUGCCGCACGGCACGCACACCUUCCACGCCGCCUGCCCCUUCUGCGCCCAGCAGCUGAGCGGGGAGCAGGGCUACGUCAGGCUCAUAUUCCAGGGGCCCGUGGACUAGCCCGCUGUCCUGGGGCGGGGCGCAGGGGCCUGUGGGACUAGCCCGCUGUCCUGGAGCGGGGGGCAGGGGCCUGUGGACUGUGGACUAGGCCUGUGGACUAGGCCGCUCUCCUGGAACAGGGGCCUGUGGACUAGGCUGCUGUCCUGGAGCGGGGUGGCAGGGGCCUGUGGACUAGGCCGCAGUCCUGGAGUGGGUAGCAGGGAGCAAGGCUAUGUCAGACUCAUAUUCCCAGGGACCUGUGGAUUAGGCCUGUGGACUAGGCCUGUGGAUUAGGCCUGUGGACUAGGCCUGUGGAUUAGGCCUGUGGACUAGGCCUGUGGAUUAGGCUGCUCUCCUGACUCCUUCGCCGGGCUACUGACUAAUAACCACACGAGCCGGUUUCCUUUCUUAAAAAAGACAAACAAACAAAAAAAAAACUUUUAUUGGUUUUCCUUUGAGGGGUUUUUGGACUUUUCUUCUCCUCCUCCUCCCUGUUUUCACUUCUUUUUUUAAAGUGACCCUUUUAGUGAGUGCUGUUUUUUUAAUUUUACAAAGAAACAAAGAGUACUAUAUUUUCACCCUAAAGGACAAACGGGAGAGGUCGCACACUCACACACAGAGACGUUGCUCGGGCGAAUCCUUCUCUUUUUUUGGUAAAGAAAUUGAAGUAUUUUAUUUACUAACGCAAUGAUUUUAAUAUUUUAAUGCUCUGUUAGUGAUGAGACAGUAUCAAUUUAUACAUCAUACAAAGCUGUGUGUUGUGUGUGCGCGUGUGCGUGUCUGUGUUUUUCCCCUUUGAAGAACGUAACACAACCUGAACAGAGAAGACGUGUAUUUAUGCUUCAUAAAUAAAUAUUCCACUCUGAAAUGCGAACUACAUUAGUUUAUAGGAAGAAUUUUGCAUUCUCUUUUCUUAAUAGAUACUAUCAUAUAUGAUGUACCUAACUUGAAUAUUCACUUUUUUAUGUCGAUACAGUAAACAUGUUAAUCUGUAUUAAAGAAACAGUGAUAAAGGGGUUGGUGAAUGAUGGGAUUUAUAUGUUUUGUUUUGCCUCUUAUGUUCAUGAGCAUCUUUUCAGCAUCUCUAACAAAUUGAAGCUUUUUUUUAUUUUUUAAAGAUAUUACAUUUCUGUCAUGCUGUGUGCUGACUUUUGUAAUAGAUAUGUAUUUAUAAUGAAUAUCCAUCCAUGGCAUUAUUUGGACUAAGUGUGGGCUCAGGGGUUCAUUUGGAAAGUCACCUUUUUGCCCUACUUCAUACGCCCUGAAAUAUUAGCCCUUGCUCAAGAAAGCUGCCUUGGGCAUUCUUUUAUUAAGAAUAUGCCUAAAUGUGUUUGAGUUCCGGAAUGUGGACCUGUGUGUGUAAGACUCAGCUUAAGUCCAGAUCCCCCCCCAACCACUGCCAAUAAUAUUACAGCUGCACUAACAGAACCCCCCCCCCCCCCCCCCACACACACACACACACUAUGUGUCUUCAACUGCCAGAUGUGGUUAUUUAUACACUUCGUCACCUGUCAGAAAACAGAUAUGUUGAAAAGUGUGUGAUUGUUUCAACAAUCAUUCCCCGGUUAGUUUUAAGUUUGAAAUGUACCCGUUUCAAACUGACUUUUAAACCAUUAAAUAUUUAUUUAAAAAUGAACUAAAUAAAACACUGAAUUCUAAGAUGUAUUUAUCAACGAAAGGGUGAUCUUUUUGAUUCGAUGAACUAAUUGAAAAUUGUCAAAUGGAGACCUAGUGCAGCAGGUAACUGAAUGCUCUAGAAUGCAAAACCUCAACUCAUCUUUUUUAAUUUUUUUAAUACUGCGUCAUUGGUCAAGCACAGUUCCCAGGGGUAUGAUUGGCUGGCUGUAUGCCAGCGCAUUCUGCAGCUCAUUAUCCUCUGCAUAAUAAGGCAAAGGAAAGCUCCAGCACACACAGUGUUAACCUCAGGGAGAGGCUCCUGCCUGGUCACUUCAAAAUAAAAGUCUUCACUUCCCCAACAGUUGUGUCUGUAUUGGAAAUCUGAGGAGUCAACUUUUCAUUUAAGAUUUUUUUUUCUUUUUCCCCUUGGUUUUGUCUCAACCCAGUAUUAAACAUGUGUGAACUAAGCUAUUAUCUGUUAAAUGCACAUUGUUUCUCUCCUUGGGGAGGUGUGUAAGAAAGGGCUUUCUCUCCCCCCCCCCUCCCCUUGCAUGGUCUGUCCACAAAAAGCAUCACUUGAGCGUGUCUGCUGUAAUCUGGAUUUCCCUGAUGCUUUCUGGCAAACGUUAAUAUUGUUCAGAUUACCAGUUUUUGUACCAACUUUAAACAAUAAAAGUUUCAAAAUGACAA